CUGACUGUCCCCUGUCCCCCCAGCCACCCGGGUGACCCGCCUGCUGCAGUCCCUGUCCCGUGUGGCCCCCGAUGACCCCUCGGGGGUGUCCCUGUGCGAGCGCCUCGGGGACACCUUCGCCCGCCACGGGGACUUCCCCCCGGGCCCUGGAGCAGUACCAGAGACAGCUGAGCCUGGCCCAGGCUCUGGGGGUGCCGGAGCGGGACCUGGCCGUGAUCCACGUGUCCUUGGCCACCACGUUCCGGGACCUGCGGGACCAUUCCCGGGCCGUGCUGCACUACCACAGGGAGCUGGAGCUGCACCGGGGGGACCCCCUGGAGGAGUGCCGGACGUGGCUGAACGUGGCCCUGGCCCUGUCCGAGGGGGGCCGUGGCCCGGCCGAGGUCGUGCCCCCCCUGACCACGGCCCUACAACGGGCCCGGGCCGCCGGCGACCCCAAACUGCAGAGGCGGAUCCUGCGGCUCCUCCACGCGCAGCAGCUCCGGGGGGGGGACCCCGAGGGGGCCUCUGAGACCCUCACCCUGCUCAGGGAGCUGGGGGGGCACGAGGGGGACGAGGAGGAGGAGGAGGAGGAGGAAGAGCCCGAGACUCAGGAGGAGGAGGAGGAGGAGGAGAGCGAGCUGGAGCUGUCGGAGAGCGAGGGGGAGGACGAGGAACUCGAGGGGUACCCCAAGAGCGUCCCCGGGAGGCGCCGGAGCAACAAGUGGAACCGUCGGAACGAGAGGGGGGAGACCCCCCUGCACCGAGCCUGCAUCGAGGGGCACCCCCACAGGGUCAGGCUCCUCCUGCAACAGGUGGGCACCCCAAAAAACACCCCCUGA